GUUUCGGUGAGCAGGAAGAGGAGGAGAAGGGAGGACGRAGCCGAGAGAAAAACAUCGGCUCUUUUAAGUUCACGCAGGUAAACAAUUGUUGUUGUUUUAAUCAGUCAGAACCGCGGGGGGUUCUGUUGGGUCACCUAAAUUCAGCUCGGAUUCGUGGACGCACGCAGGCAACAGACGCUUUCAGUCCCAGUUGUUGGCUCACAGCCCGACAGGACUUCCUGCUUCAACCUCAGGAUGUCCGUCACCCCUCGACGUGUCCGCCUGAAGCCCUGGCUGGUGGCUCAGGUGGACUCCGGACGGUACCCGGGUCUGGUGUGGAUGGACCGGGAGGCCAUGCGCUUCAGGAUCCCCUGGAAACACGCCACGCGACACACACCCCAGCACGAGGACGAGGACACCAUAUUCAAGGCGUGGGCCGUGGAGACCGGAAAGUUCCAGGAGGGAGUCGAUGAGCCCGAUCCUGCCAAGUGGAAAGCCCAACUUCGGUGUGCCCUCAACAAAAGCCGAGAGUUUAAACUUGUUUAUGACGGCACCAAAGAGGUCCCCAUGAAUCCUCUGAAGAUCUACGACGUCUGCGACAUCCCGCAGCCUCAUAGUAAUCAAGCCGCUUCAGAUGCUGGUUCUCACACUCCAUAUGAUGAGGAUUUUGGUGAGGAAGAUCUUCCAAAUACACCAGAGUCUCUUCCUCCUUAUCCAUCCAAUGGAACCAGCCCUUCUCCGAAUAUAAUGUGGUCUCCGAUGGGUUCAGAUUCAUCCAUUCAGCCUCCCAGCUGUCCCCCUUCCAAUGAGGUCUGGGUCAAAGAGGAGCCUGUUCAAAUCUGGCCCAAAGAGGAGCCAGCGGAUGUGGAGAUGCAGACCACCCCUAUGGUUGACCAGCCCACCGCWCCUCUCCCAGAUCCCACUCUGCAGCCGGUUCCUCUACCCGACGCCUUCUUUGCCUCUCCAGAAACGUGGAUCAGUUCCCUCCCAAUGACAGACCUGGAGGUGCAGUUCCUGUACCGGGGGAAGGAGAUGUGUCCCACCAUGACCGUGAGCAACCCGCAGGGCUGCCGGUUGUUCUACGGAGACCUCGGACCUAUGGUCAACCAGGAGGAGCUGUUCGGGCCCGUGAACCUGGAGCAGCUGCGCUUCCCGACCACCGAGCACAUCACCAACGACAAGCAGAGGGUCUUCACAAACCGCCUGCUGGACGUCAUGGACCGAGGCCUGAUCCUGGAGGUCAGCGGUCAUGAUAUCUACGCGGUCCGUCUCUGCCAGUGUAAGGUGUACUGGUCCGGUCCCUGUGCUCCGAACCCAGCUGCACCAAAUCUUAUUGAACGGCAAAGGAAGGUCAAACUCUUCUGUCUGGAGUCUUUUCUAACUGGUGUGAUUGCUCACCAGCGUGGCCAGACUCCGAGCCCUCCUCAGUAUGAAAUCAGUUUGUGUUUUGGGGAGGAGUGGCCCGAUGGAAGACCCAGGGAGCGAAAACUCAUCAUGGUCCAGAUCAUUCCUGUGGUGGCUCGAAUGAUAACCGAGAUCUUUUCUGGAGACAACACCCGAUCGUUUGACAGCGGCAGCGUCCGCCUUCAGAUUUCGAUCCCAGAUAUAAAAGACAAUAUAGUGACCCACCUAAAGCAGCUGUACAACCUCCUGCAGAACCACCAGGGCCAAGACGGCUGGGCUUUGCCCCCCGGCCCGGGUCUGAACAUCGCCCAGGCCCUGCAGAGUCAGUGAAGCUGCUCACACUGUGAACUCCUAUAUAUCUCUAUAUAUUACACACUGCUACACUCUUAGCAAAGAAGUACUUAUGUGUAAUCGUGUUUAGAAGUGUGCACAAAAUUCUGUUUGCUUUGUCUUUCAUCUUUUUUCUGAUUUAAUAGCUCUCUGAAUGUUUUUUUUUUUAGUUUUUUUUUUUUACAUGUACAGCGUGUGCCUUGAACCCUGCAUGGCUCUGUGUGCAGAACUUGUAGACGGUUUUGGUGGCUGCAUGGGUCAAAGUCCAGCUUUCUGCAGAGGGAAUAUUUAUCAUUGUUAAUCAGUUACAGAUAUUACCUCGUGCUGUAUUUAUCCCCUCAGGUUUGUGCUCUCAUGAUCCAUCCGAAAGGUAGCAAACAGUGAAUCUGAGCAUUUAACCUGAGAUUUGUAUGUUUUAUUGGGGGAAAGUAGAUGAGUUAAAGUUUGGAAAUCAUAUAUCUUACUAAAGGGGCUAGACGUCCCAGUUUAUAAACAAAAAAUAAAAUACAAUAUGCUUUUUUUCCUUUUUUUUUGAUGUGUGUUUGAUUAGGAGUUUGUAUUCAGUCGUUUUAAUCUGUGUAUAGUUUUUUUUGUUCUUGUGUACUCCAGUUGAAGUGUGUUGUUUCCUAGCAGUCUUGUAACUCGAUGUUCAGCUUCGUGAAUUUCAUCAGAAAUGGAUCUCUCUGCACUUUAGGUGCUGAAUUCUUGGUCCAGACCUGUUUGCUGUAUUUACCCUGAUUGCAUGUUGUUGUUUUUUUAUCAAUAUAAAGGCCAAAAUAACAACUGCUGAACCAGAAAUAAACUCAAAUGUUGAUUUGUGUGUA